CACACUCACACCGAACAACGGCUUCCGCUUCGCUUUUCAUUCCGGUUUCGCCAAGAAAGACACUGAUCAAUUUUGGAGUUUUAAAGCAUAUAUAUCACAUCUUUGCUAAUUAUUUCCGUUAUUAUUUGAAGAACUAAUUGAAAAUGUUUUGGGGUUUGAUUAUGGAGCCAGACAGGCGUUAUACCCAAAUAGUAAAGAGAUCUUUUCAUAUAUCUAUGGCAUCUUUGGAUAUGAACACUUCAGAAAAUGGACCAGCUCAAGUAAUGUGCAGAUACAAAGACAGAAAUUAUUUGUUAUGCACCCUAAAAAAUCCAGAUUUGCUCCAAUGUGCACUGGAUUUAGACUUUAAAGAGGGCACAGAAGUCUCCUUUGCAACAAAUGGCAAAGCCUAUAUUCAUCUUAGUGGAUAUUUAACUGAGUUUGAGGAUGAGGAUGGAUUAAGCCUUGAAGAUUUAGAGGAACAAGAGGAGGAAGAAGCUGAUGAAGAGGAAAUUGCAGAGGAAGUUGGAGAUAAGAGAAAGAAAAAGAAGGCAGUUAAAGAUACGCCCCCAGCAAAAAAAGCGAAAUUGAAUGGAUUCCAGCUUUUAAAUGAUGCUGAAGAAGAGGAGUCUGAUGAUGAUGAUUAUCAAUUAGAAGAAGAAAAUGGUGACGAAGAGGCUGAUAGUGAUGAAGGAGAAGAGGUAGAAGGUGAAGACGAAGAAGAAUCUUCUGAGGAUGAAGAUGAUGUUGAAGAGGAAGAGGUCAAACAAGAAGUUAAACCUAAACUUAGCAAAAAAGAAAAAAAGAAAUUGCAACAGGAAAAAGAAAAAGCGAAAAAAGAACCAUCCCUAAAAAAACAAGUCCUAAAAGGUGGCGUAUCCAUUCAAGACCUAAAAGAAGGUGAUGGACCCUUAGCCAAAAACGGUAGUUUCAUUACCGUUUACUAUGAGGGCAGGCUUGAAAAAAAUAAUAAAAUGUUUGACUCGUUAACCAAAGGACCUGGCUUCAGAUUCCGUCUUGGCGCUGGUGAAGUUAUUAAAGGCUGGGAUAAGGGAAUAAUCGGAAUGAAAGUGGGAGGAGUAAGGAAAAUUACUUGUCCGCCGAAUGUUGCGUAUGGUGCAAAAGGAUCUCCACCAGCCAUUCCUCCUUCUUCUACCCUAUUAUUUACAGUUACACUUAAAAAAAUUAAUUAGAUGCUUGUUCUGUUUUCUGUUUUGUAUACUUAUUUACUUUGAAUACGUUGGACUUAAACCUGUAUUUGUUAAUUUUAAGUUUUUAUUUUUCAUUUCCACUUUAUAUUUUGGUAGGAAUAAGUUUCUCUCAUUUGUACUGUCGUUGUUUUGAAAUUUUGUACGAAUAAUGAUAUUUUCUUGAAAGUAAGUGUGUAAUAGUUUCUUUUUGUGGGUUUUUAUGAAGAAGGUCAAACAAUAUUCAAAAGCCCUAUUUAGUACCUACUCACUUUUGAGAACUGAUUUUCAAUUGAUAUAAAUAUACUAUAUUUCCCAAAAUUA